AACUACUUCUUGUUUAAUAUCUAAGCAGAUGCCCAAAUGCAAUACAUCAUAUUUCAGUUUUGAAGCAAAUUUGAUUUUCGGUCUCCAUCAUCCCGCGAAAGAGGAAGAAGAGCAGGCACAGCCAGUCGGAACCUCCAACGUUCAAAGCUCCCCGUUAGAGCUUUUCCGACGUGCCAUGGCCGAGCUGCCCAAGCACCGUCCUGCUGAGCAGAGUCGACCAGCGGGCAGAGGGGCUCGUCUGCGCCGACUGCGAACCACGACGAUGGUGCAGGGAGCAAGCUGCUACGCGCUGGGCUUGUGGAUCAUCGCCGCGACAACCACCGCCGUGUCGUGCUUCAGAGAGCGCGACUUCGACAACAGUUUCGACAACAGCUUCGACGAGAAGUUCUUCGGGUCCCUCAUCAAAACGAAGGACAGCCGGACCUUCCUCAGCGACCUCAUCAACAAGAUACAACUGCUGCUGAACGACACGACCGAAAGGCCCAGCACGCCAGGAGUCAGCAGGAGUGUCUGGAGGACAGGCAGCCUCAGCAGCGACGACGUUUCGACGUACGCAGUUUCGACAAAACUCGGCGUGUCUUCGUCGGUGCCCUCUUCGACGGGAAGUGGCACCGCCGGUUGGACCAUCAUCGCCAAUCACACCCUACUGAUGCCCAACGAGACGCUCGUUGACGUGGCGGCUGAAGAGGAGCUGAAGAUGGUGAAUCAGGACUCAAACCAGCGGGUGGCAACGCUGGGUGUCAUCAUCUGUCUCACCUUUGUGGGGACGGCGACCUGUAUCGUGGUAAUGGCUCUCUACUCUUCAAGAUUCAGUGGGAUUAUCCUGCUAAGCAGUGGCCGCUGGUGGUGUCCCAUGGUGACAAGGGGUAACGGGGUUGAGAGACAGUUGUUGGUGUAAAUUCGUGGGAUAACGACUGUCUCUUUGUAGUGCCGAUCGCGUGCCUUGCAUGCCUUAGGGCCCCUUAUGCAACUAAGAUGUAGAGUAUUUUGCAUGCAUAUUUUGCACGCUCUGAAAGGGGAGAAUAAAAGUGGAGCCAUAAUUCGACGUGCCCGU